CCCAGAUUCGAGCGACCACACCUCACGAGCAGAUGCGAACAGUUGAUGGCUCCCCCACCCACUGAGCAAUCGCCGCAUUCUUCGGCCAGCUGAUUACUCAAAGCUUAUGUCUUUAGUCGUCGGUUUCUAAGGUCCAUCCAGGGGUUGAUUAUUAUACUUUAUUUCGUCCUCGUAUCGAAACCCUAACAAGCCACCGCCAUGUUUUGGUCAUCGCGACACGAGUACCAGCCGGUUGCGACGACCACUGACGAUGGCACCGCCUCGUCCUCUUCGCAACUCGGGGAAUCCGGAAGCCCGUUAAGAUCAGCAUCAGGCACCGCAUCGCCGUCGUCAUCAGGGCCGCCUAAGGCGCAGCAAUGGGUGGUUGUGCUGAUCGCCGUCGUUGGCGGGCUCGCGUUGGCGAUGAGCCUAGCCGCUGACGUCAUGCGGGUAAAGCAGUCUGCCAGCCACAUGCUCGACGCGCAGAACGACCUGCACUGCGUCUACCCCAGCAGCCCUUCCGGCGGCUACGCAGUGGCUGCUGCCUUCCUGCUGAUCGUGGCUCAAGGCGUCACCUUGGUGCAUGGGGGCACCUCCUGGUUCUACGCGUCUAGGCUGGACACGCGGCGCAACCGGAACCUUCUUCUCGUCGUGCUCCUCACAAAUCUGAUCUUUCUUGCUGUCACCAUCGUCACUCUAUCAGUAUCAUCCCUGGACAACGCUCACCCCGGCACAUAUACACUCCGCUCCUCCUCCUCCUCCUCCGCCCUUUCCCCCAACCAAUCCCCUGACCCCUGCCCGGUGGCCGAUUCCGCCCUCUUCCUCUCCGCCUCGCUCCUCUGCCUAUUUACUGUGCUCCUCAUGGAAGCUUAUUAUCUUGCCGCCAUGCGCACGCUACAGUAUGCGUGGAUGAUUUCAAGGUAUUGCACCGUGCGGUCGGUGCACCUGGAGGCGUUUCAAAGAGAGGCGAUGAGGGCCAGUGUCGUGCCGAUCGGGUCUCCAAGAUCGGAUCUAGAGUCGGGGGAGGAAAUCAAGGAGGCUUGAGGAGAAUGUUGUGGCUUCACAGAUCUUAUCUAUAGUCUGGGUGGGUGGGAAGAAGGAGGAGGCUUGAGUUACCCAGUGAGUGUAUCUGCUGGCGCUCCGCUGGAAACACACUAGCUGUCUCAGAGUAAAAGUUUACUAGAAUGGGGAAUAUAGGUUGGUUUUGUUCAACUGGUUGUACCCUCUAAAAGCAUGCACGUAUCUAGCCUAUUAUAACAUUUACCAA